AUGCCAGGCUAUUUCCUGGCGCUGCCAGGCGUGAUCGAGCCAUCAGUUGCUGCUGCUUUGUUUGUGGGAACCUUCUUGACGUCUUCCUCGGCCCAGACUAUGAACCAGAUGAUCGAGGUGGAUCGCGACGCCCGCAUGAAACGUACUGCAAUGAGACCGCUUCCGUCAGGACAGCUAACCUCCAAUGAAGCAGCGCGCUUCGCAGCAACGGCGGGUGCUGUAGGCCUGGCUACACUGGGUAUCGGCACCACGGGCUCUACCGCUGCAGUGGCUGCAACAACGAUGGUGACAUAUGCUGCGGUGUACACUCCAUUGAAGGUUCGGAGCCCGUACAACACUCACGUUGGUGCCAUCAGCGGGUCCUUGCCAACCCUUAUGGGUUUCACGGCGGCCUUGAGCACUGGCUUAUGUGUUUCACCGUGGUUACCACAUGCUGCCUGGCUAUUCGGGAUGCAAACCCUCUGGCAGAUGCCGCAUUUCUACUCGCUUGCAUGGCUGCACAGAAGUGACUACCUCAAAGGAGGCUACACCAUGUUUCCGCUGUCUGAUGCUACAGGUACGGAAACAGCUGCAAUGUCCAAACCGUACUUAGUGGCGCUGUGCAUUCUGCCUUGGGCCAUGUCGGCCAGCGGAUCUGCUUCUUGGAUGCUGCCGGCCCAGUUCCCAGCCGCUUCUUGA